AUGAGCUCUGUGCUGGCAAUCUUCCUGCAGGAACUCCCCGGCCCCGUCCUGGUCCUGGGGAUCUUCCUGCCUGUCACCUUGCUGCUUCUCCUCCUGAUUGCCUACUUCAGGAUGAAACUGAUGGCAGUUGAAGAAGAACUGGCUCAGACUUCUGAUCGCCAGAACAAGUUUGGUUCUUCCCAGAACAAGAGAAGGAGACGAAGGUGA